AUGGCAACUGUCGAAUCUUCUCCUCCCGAGCCACCGCAACCCCAGGGGGCCUCCCCAGACAACUCCUUCCGGACCAUUGCGGACCCGAGGCAUGCAAAUACGUCGAACCUCUCUAGGUCCAACUCAACCCCCUCAAAACAUCCGGAUGUCAAUGCCGAAGUGGCCGCACUAAGUGACAAACUCAUCAGUGCGAUCAACCAUCAAACUAGCCUGGACGAUACCCUUGCCCAGACGAGACAAGAGUUGGAAGCCUCAAGAGCACGCAUCGCGAAGUUAGAGGCAGAGGCCAAAGCAUAUGAAGAAAAGAUCUCGCGGGGAGAUUUACUGCCAAAGGAAAAGGUCGAUGAACAGAAAGAUAAGCUUACAGCGGAGUUGGUUGAGGAGAAGAAACAAAGGGCGCAGGUCCUUCAAGAAAAGCGAGGAAUUGAGUCGGAGCUGGAAACUCUGACAGCCUCAUUAUUCGAUGAAGCGAACAAGAUGGUGGCUACCGCUAACCGAGAUCGGGAUGCCGUUGAGAAGAAGAAUCAGCAGCUUCGCGAUCAGAUUAAGGACGGCGAGGCUUUGAUAGCCUCUCAGACGGAGCAACUGGCGGAGUUGAAAACUCUGAUGCAGCAGAUCGGUCCAGCUUCAGACUACAGAAGGGAACUUGAUUCUCCACGGGUGUCAAUCGCACCUUCAAGCCCCGGCGUCACGAGAGAAGGUGGUGAUCUUGCCCGCCUCCUUGAAGCAAUGAACCUAUCUCCUGUCACUCUCGAGCACGGGGAACUCGCUCCGAGCCCUUCUACAACUCUGACACACCUCGUUAAACCACUAUGUCGGACAGAUAUUCCAGCGUACGAGGACUUCAGGAAUCUGGUACAAACGUCCCAUUUCCGGUCGCACAAUCCUUCCCAUGCCCCGUCCAGAGCAGGUUCUGGGUCCUAUGGCGGGUUAAAUGUGGUAGGUCUCGGUUCACUGAGUAAUCACUCGCAACCGAAUUUGUCACAGAUCUCUCAGCCAGCAACGUCGAAACUGGCCAAUUCUCCGAAUAUUCCAGGAUCAUUUAGUCCCAAUCCAGAUGCCAAAGGACCUGUCCCGCUGAGAGAAACCCGUUUUUUCAAGCGCAUCCUGGUCGAAGACAUUGAGCCGACUCUUCGUCUUGACCUUUCACCGACCCUUUCUUGGUUGAAUCGACGCAGCAUUCUUGCCGCCAUGGCCGAUUCGACUCUGAUUGUUGAGCCAAUUCCCGAAGCAUCCAUCAAGCUCUACGGGAAAUACACGCCUUGCGCGCUGUGUGGGGAGAACAGGAAACAAGGAGAAAACCCUCGAACCCACGCCAUGCGUGUACGCGAGGGAGAAAGCGCUACCAGAUGGUGCAUUUGCACCCUAUGCUUGGAAAAGGUGCGUGGCGUGGGUGAUCUGGUCGCCUAUGUACGCAUGGUCCGGGAGGGAGUAGUCAAGGUUGGUGACAAGAAGGAUGAGGAAGAUGCAUGGGAAGAAUUGGUGCGGCUAAGAGAGCGCUUGUUCUGGGCGAGAAUGGCGGGGGGUGUUGUGCCUGCAUUCAUCCCUACACCGAAACAAACCCCAAUAGACGAUGCAAAAAUGGACGCGGAACUAGAAGGCCACACCCCAGAUGGAAAUGAGGAGGACGGUACUUCACUACAACACGCAACAACUAUAGCGACGGAUAGCUCUCAGCACUCAACACCGGGCACGGACGAAGUCGAGGCUGAAUCUGCCGAGGAAAAAGCCGCACGCCUCCAACUUCAAGAAGGAUUGGACGAGAGUCUGACUACGUUUGACAACAUCCGCGAAAACAAGCGAAUAAGUAUUGGCGGUCGACAGCACUCGACGACUCCGCCCUCGACACCCUCGCCGCCUAAGAGCCUUCCAAAGAGGGAGUCCAGUACUGGCGGAGGGAUUUCAUUCCCAAAGAUUAAUAUUCCCAGGCUGCCGCAGGGGUUCUGGGAAGCCCAAGUGAACACCCUACAUUAA